AUGGAUGAUGAGCAAGUUAUGACUGAUGAGCUAGUUUUGAAUGAUGAAUCAGUUAUGAAUGAUGAACCAGUUAUGAAUGAUGUGCCAGUUAUGAAUGAUGUUGCAAUCAUAGAUGAUCAAUAUGAUGAGCCAAUUAUGAAUAAUGAUCCAGUUGUAGAUGAUGAAUAUGAUUAUGAGGAUACUGCAGAUGAAAUGUUUGAUGAGGAACCUUUGAUAGAUGAUGUGGAGGUGAACAUGAUCAACUUCUAUAGUGUACUUGAUGAAGACAUUGACUUGGGCCAGCCUGAUCCGACAAACAAUAAUACAGAGGAACAUGAAGACAUUAAAGAUGAACCUUUAGAAGUCUUAAACAAUGAUGUCUUUGGGUCAUUUGCUAGUGAAAAAGAGCCUAGAAAGAAAUUGUUAAGGUAUUCACCUAGUUUGAAAAUAAAAGACAGAAAGCAAGCGCAAAAAGAUUGA